AUGUGGUGCCACUGCAGAAAAGGAGUGGGGUGCUGCCGACCGAAUGCAAGAUUCCGUCGGGGACUAAAGCGCCGCUCAUCUUGCCUGAUGCACGCUUACCACGGCGUGUGCAAGAGUUCGUACUUGCAUAACCAUAACAUGCAUGCCUUUGACACGGCUUUGCCUACCACGAGUGUCUUGCACAUAUCUUGCAUGAAUGCGUUAUGCACGCUCGGUAGACGAAGCCCGUCGACCAUGUUUGCCACCAACGACGCUGAGGAUUUCUUCACGACUGGGGUCACAACCGCGAUAUGUCCACAACAAAAGGCGUUCGCCAUGCUGUGUACGGAUGCUCAGCUUCAGACUCUAUACUAG